CUGAAUGGCUGAUCCCACGUAAUUCCUCCUUCCCGGCUCCGCCGAGCUAAACUGCGCCAUUCAUACUCUUCGCCCCCGUUUUUUCCCCCCACCGCCGUUGGUCCCGCGAGAAUCCCAAAGGUAGAAUCAGAAAGAGGCGGCGGCUGGAAAAUCGGAAUUCAAAACAUGGCGGUUCGAGCGACAGUGAACCGGUUCCCGAUGGACCAGGACGCUCAGGAGUCGUCGGGGAUCCCUUGGGGAUUGACCGUCACUCCCUUCGCCACCAGGGACGAGGACGGCAAGCCGCCGGCUUAUGGAUCCAACGGCCAUUUGCUGCCGCGAUGCGAGAAUUGCUACGCCUACUUCAACACCUACUGCGAGCUGGAGCAGUGGGCCUGGAGCUGCGCGCUCUGCGGGACGCUCAAUGGACUACACACCGAGGCCAUUGCUCGUUACUCGCUUCCGGAGUCAUGUCCAGAGAUGAUGUCCUCGUUUGUAGAUCUCGAAUUGCCCGUUGAGGGCGCAGAAGAUGAAAUGACUCAAGCUCGUCCGGUCUAUGUUGCUGCUGUUGAUUUGUCAUCUUCAGAAGAGUUCUUGGAGCUUACAAAGAGUGCACUGGAGGCUGCUCUGGAAGCUUUGCCGUCUGGUUCACUUUUUGGUCUAGCUACAUUCAGCCACAAAAUUGGGUUAUAUGAUGUCCAAGGGCCCAUCCCCAUUGUCAAGAAUGUUUUCGUCCCUCCUGAUGCAGAGGGCACUCUGCCAGUCGAGCUUGAUGAUGUCAUGCCUUUAUUACAAUUCUUGGCCCCAGUGGAUACAUUUAAGGAUCGUAUCACAGCUGCACUGGAUACUCUCCGGCCAACAACUUCGUGGGAGAGAACCUCAGGUGCAGGGCAAGGUAUAGAUGGCGUUUUGAUGGGUGGGCGCGGAUUUGGUGUAGCAAUGGAAGCUCUGUUUAAGUACCUGGGAUCAGAAUAUGGAAACACAUUUGCUUUAGCUAGAGUGUUUGCCUUCAUCUCUGGUCCACCUGAUUAUGGAGCUGGGCAAUUGGAUACAAGGAGGUAUGGUGAACAGUAUGCUAGUAAAGGCGAGGAUGCGGACAGGGCAUUACUCCCAGAGCAGACACCAUUUUACAAAGAACUGGCUGCUGUCGCUGUUCAAUCAGGUGUUUGUGUUGAUCUAUUUGCCAUUACAAAUGAGUACACAGAUUUGGCAUCCCUUAAGUUUCUUAGUAUUGAAAGUGGAGGUUCCCUGUUCCUGUAUGCAAGCACGGAUGACUCAACGUUGCCUCAGGAUAUGUACCGUAUGCUAAGUAGACCUUAUGCAUUUGGUUGUGUACUGAGAUUAAGGACUUCUUCUGAAUUCAAAAUUGGUCAUUCUUAUGGCCAUUUCUUCCCAGAUCCCCAGUACGAAAAUGUUCAGCACAUCAUAUGCUGUGAUUCUUAUGCCACUUAUGCAUAUGAUUUUGAUUUUACAAGUGCCGUUGGAUUUUCCAGAUACGCAUCAGAGCAACCUGUUGUUCAGAUUGCAUUCCAGUACACAGUUGUGGUACCUUCUGAAGAACUAGCAAGCUCAGGGGUGGGUUCCACAAGUAGGGGCAAGCAUUUUCUUAAAAGGAGAAUAAGGAUCCGAACUUUGCAAUUUGGAGCCGCUCGAAAUGUUAAUGAACUAUAUGACAGUGUUGAUCCUGAAGCUGUCCUAUCAGUUCUUGUUCACAAGGUUAUACUAGAAUCUCUAGACCAGGGUGUUCGAGAGGGCAGGAUGUUGCUUCACGAUUGGCUUGUCAUCCUAACUGCUCAAUACAAUGAUGCUUACAAAAUUGUCCAGUAUAAGAACGGAAGUGCAGUAAGUGCUCCGGUAGAUGUUGUAUUCUCGCAAUGCCCACAACUGCAGCCCAUUCCUCGCUUAGUUUUUGCUUUGCUCCGAAAUCCUCUUCUCCUUUUCCAUGAAGAAGGUGUCCACCCUGAUUAUCGGAUUUAUCUCCAAUGCCUCUUCAGUGCACUGGAAGCAAGUUCCCUUCACCGAGCCGUUUAUCCAGUGUUGUCAUCAUAUUCUACACCAGACAAACAAGCAUAUCCGCGUCACUCAUUGAGUCGUGCUGCGCUGAUCGCUAGCAGCAGUCCAAUAUUCUUCCUAGAUGCAUUCACUACUCUAAUCGUUUUCUACUCUUCCACAGCAGACCCAUCACUUCCUUUCCCCCCUCCACAGGAUUGUUUGUUGAGGAGCACGAUAAAUAAAUUGAAGCAAGAGAGGAGCAUCACUCCGAAACUGAUAUUUAUUCGAGGAGGGCAGGAGGAUGCUUCUGCUUUCGAGAACUAUCUCAUCGAGGAGCAGGAUGUCGAUGGCAGUGGCUUCACCAGUGUCAUGGGUUUCCUUUCAUUCCUCGAAGAUGUCACCCAGAGCGUGCUGGAAUACAUGAAAUAGAGUCUGUGCCCCUAACAUCAGAACCUCAACCUGAAAUUACCCGAAAACCGGGAAGGACACAUCUCAUGAGGAAAGAAGCUACAUGUUGGUGCAAGGAACUUCUCGAGAAUGACAAUUGCGAGCCCUUGGAGAAACAAGUGCAGCUGGCAGCACCCGAAGUUCAGGCUUGGGAUACACCGAGAGCGCAGAACAACGGAGAGAAUGUAUCCUUCUUUUUGUAAAUUAGGGGAUAUUACAGGAACCUCUGUACUCCAGAAUUUUGUACCAAAUGAUGAGCUUUCCCCUCCAUUUUUCUCCUGCAGAAACUUUUGAUGGUUUCUCUUUCCCCAUAUGAUUCAUGGGAUAAAUGGGCUUACUGUACUUUUGUCCCCUUUUUCUGGGGCUAGAACUAGAACUGUUUUGUGCUGGUCUAGGUGUCAAAUUGCUGUCUGGUGGUGAGUGGUGAAUAAAGUAGCGGCCUUUUCUACUAGUAGUGGCGGGAAUUGCUUCUAUAUUCAAACUUGACUAGUUAGACCAUAUGACUACUAAUUCUACUGAAUCUGUUACUAGUAGCUUCUCAAUCUC